CAUACCCUGCAAGUUGCAUCCACCACCAGAAAAAGCCUCUCCCGCAAACGCCACACACCAAACCACAAUUAAUCCCAUCAAAUUCCCCUAUAAGCUUUGGCCUCUUUGCAGCUUUCUUCUACCAGCUCCCAGCUAGAUCCCCUCUUGCCUUCUUUGGCACAUUCGUUCUUGCUCUCUGCUGUGGAUUAUUUGCCUCCGGCUCCGGCCAAUCGGCGGCGUGGCGCGGGCAGAUCGAUCGAUCUCAUCGGCGGCGGGGAUUGCCUGUUCUAGCUAUAGCUUGAUAGCUUAGCUAGCUUGGUCAUUUCUGGUGAGAGAUCGAUCGAGAUAGCGGCGAAGAAGAUGGGGAGGGGGAAGAUUGUGAUCCGCCGGAUCGACAACUCGACGAGCCGGCAGGUGACGUUCUCGAAGCGGAGGAACGGGAUCUUCAAGAAGGCCAAGGAGCUGGCCAUCCUCUGCGACGCCGAGGUCGGCCUCAUGAUCUUCUCCAGCACCGGCCGCCUCUACGAGUACUCCAGCACCAGCAUGAAGUCAGUUAUAGAUCGGUAUGGCAAGUCCAAGGAUGAGCAGCAAGCCGUCGCAAAUCCCAACUCGGAGCUUAAGUUUUGGCAAAGGGAGGCAGCAAGCUUGAGACAACAACUGCACAACUUGCAAGAAAAUCAUCGGCAGUUGAUGGGCGAAGAUCUAUCUGGGCUGAAUGUUAAGGAAUUGCAAUCUCUAGAGAAUCAGCUGGAAAUAAGUCUACGUAGUGUCCGUACAAAGAAGGACCACGUCUUGAUUGAUGAAAUUCAUGAACUGAAUCGGAAGGGAAGUCUAGUUCACCAAGAAAACAUGGAAUUAUACAAGAAGAUCAGUUUAAUUCGUCAAGAAAAUGCUGAGUUAUAUAAGAAGAUCUACGAGACUGAAGGACCAAGUGAAGUCAAUCGGGAUUCACCAACUCCUUACAAUUUUGCAGUAAUUGAAAAAACAAAUGUUCCUGUGCAACUUGGACUCAGCACACUACCACAACAUAGUGACGCCGAACAAUCAACUGCUCCUAAGCUAGGGUUACAGUUGAAUCCAUGACCAGAAAAACAUUGUUUUGCUACACCCUUGUAUGCUGAAGGGAUACUAUUUGCUGUCAAGAGUUGAUACUCAGAUCAAGAAAAAAAAAACUAUUCAUGCCAUAGUGAUUGAGAAAUGGACUUGUAUACUGGAAAUAAAUGCCACAGUGGAAUUGAGUUGUGGAAUCCAGGCAAUGAGUGUUUUAUGAUUCAAUUUUUCCAUGUAUUUUUCAUAUAUUAACCAGUGCGGGCUUGUGUAAAAAAUAUAACCAGGCAAGGAAAAUUAGCUGUAUUGUGCAUAUGGAGCAAAUUUCAGGCGUUACUACCAUUAAAAUCAUGACAUGCUGUAAGCAAAUAUCUUGUAGACCUUUAUCUACAUAGAUUUUUUUCAGUAGGGGCCUCCCUACCGUUUCAAAAGAAAAAGAAUGCAGAUGAUUGAUA